UUUAUUUUACUUUUCCAAUCUUAAUCGUCGACUGUCAUGACCCGAGUCGAUCGUCCCGUGAGGUUCGUCGAACCUCGCCAAGUGCAAGUGUCUGUUUCGAGCUGUCAAACGUGCUCUCGAGGACAAAACCUCGUGUACACUGCACACCUAUUUACGUGUCAGAAUUUGUAAUGCACGUGUAGUGACAAUUGUCGAAAUCUCCCUGAACGUAAGCGACGCUUCCUUCCGUCAAAAUACUCUUGCAGCGUGAAUUUAAUUUUUUUUAAACCAAUUCAUUUCCCUCUUGAUUUUUACGCGCUCCCGAUCGUUAUGCUUUGUUUCCCCCCUCAAGGACGUGAAUCUUAUGAACACUUUCCUACCGCACCGGCCGGUUUGUUUACGUCAAUGUUUUACUUUUCAGUCUUUCUUUUCUUUUCAAUUGUGACUCGUUGCAAUUAAAAAUCCACCCUGACCUUUUAUUAGACAAUUUUCAAGGUUCGAUUUUUCAACACGAAAUGAACACUCGCAGAUCUCAAAGAUCGUCUGACAGUAGUAAAUUAUUAGUUGAUGACGUAGAGAAAUUGUCUGAAACAGAUGUUAUUGAAGCAGAAAAAAAGGCUCAGGAAGCCGAAAGGAAGGCUCAGGAUGCUGAAAGAGAGGCUCAGUUAGCUAAAAAAAUGGCAGAAGAAGAACAUGAAAAACGUGAAGCUGCCAAAAGACAGGCAAAGAAGGAAGAAGAGGAGGAGAAAAUUAAAGCAGAAUUAAAUGAACGCAUUUUACAAGCAAAAAAACGUCUAGAAAAUGCUCAAAGGAGAGAAACAGAAGCAAAUAAAUUAUUACUAGAAUCGGAAAAAAUUAUAAAUGAUAUGAAUCGAUUGGAACACGCCGAAAGACAGGCGAAAGAGGCUGAAGUGGCGGCCUUUCAGGCAGAAAAGAGUGCAGCGGAAUCAAGACGACGUCAAUUGGAAGCGCAGAACAAUAUAUUUAGAGAAAAUCCGUCAACAUCUUUGGAACCAUCUUUUUUUGAUAAAUCUUCCAACAUAGGGCCGUACCCAAAUCCUCUCCACGAAACGGAAAGGGAGAAAAAUCUAAAGAAACAAUUGAAGGUUAUGAAAAAACAACUUUAUUAUAAAAAUAAUUUUCAACGAGGUGGUAAGAAUGGGCGUGGCGGUAGAGGUGGACGUGGCGGUAGAGGUGGGAGUUAUAAUUAUUAUUAUUAGAAAAAAUACCUGUUCUUUUAUUUUGUCAAUUACAUUUGUAAG